AAAUUUCCCCUGAUUCGUGUCCUUUGGCUUCAUUCAUUUACGCUUAUGAAUUAUUCUGCAACACAUUCUUCAUUUCACCCAAAUUAUAUGAUAGUAGGGUACGACCAUCUAAUGCACAAUGUACAAAACGAGUUGUGCAUUCUCUAUCUCGUCCUCUUUGGCGGCGUCGGCGGCGACCAUUCUUCGAUUCCCUAGGUGUUGCCUCCUCUCCUCGAAAACCCUAAUUUCUCUUGCCCCAUUUCAUUGCUCAAAUAACAUUUGUUCAUAUAGAACCCUCAGCUGCAGGCCAAUGGCUUCAAUUUCCACUCCAAGCCUAGCCACCUCACCAGACCCAGAAAAACUUAAACCCUGGCUCCUCGUAGGCCUUGGAAACCCGGGGAAGCGUUACAGCGGGACUCGGCAUAACGUGGGUUUUGAAUUGGUCGAUUUUGUAGCUGAAGCGGAGGGGAUACCUAUGAGCAGCAUUUCUUUCAAAUCCUGUUUCGGAAGAGGCUCGAUUGGAAAUGUUCCUGUCAUGCUUGCUAAACCACAGACUUUUAUGAAUGCAAGCGGUGAGUCUGUUGGUGCUAUUGUUUCAUAUUAUAAGAUUCCACUGAACCAAGUUCUUGUGAUUUUUGACGACAUGGAUCUGCCAUUUGCGAAGUUACGAUUGUUGCCAAAAGGUGGACACGGUGGACAUAAUGGGAUGAGGAGUAUCAUAACUCACCUAAAAGGUAGUCGGGAUUUUCCUCGUUUACGAAUAGGUAUUGGGAGGCCUCCAGGAAAAAUGGAAGCUGCUAAUUUUGUUCUCCGUCCUUUUACAAGAGACGAACGUGUAGAGUUGGAUUUCACGUUUCAAAAUGGCUUGGAAGCAGUUCGGAUUCUUGUGCACGAGGGCUUUGAUAGAAGUGCAACCUUCGUCAAUAGUGCUAAAACGUUGGAACAUUUUAGUUAGCAAUUCUUAUUUUUCAUCCUUUAAUCAUGGGUGUUUGGUAUUGAUUAAAAUUAGAAUUUAUAGUAGAUUGUGAAAGAAGUUUUUGAAAUGUGUGAUUAAAAAGUUGUGGGAUCCAUAAAAAAUGUAGUUAAUAUUGAUUGUUUAACUUAGAUUUAAAUUAAAAUUAGAUUUUAAUCUAUACCAAACGGGGCCGUUACAUGAGUGAUCAACUGUGAUCAACUUUCAACUCUGUUGUAUUGGGUGGAAAGUUGCGAACUUUUUAAAGAUAUUUGUUACAUUGUAUGUAUACAUAUUUUGAAUUUUUUAAUAUAUUCGUCUUUCUUUUUUGCAA